CUACCGGACCAGCAAGCUAACACACACGAUGUCUGUGUCGUUUGGAAUACUGUUCAUGGAAUAUGAAUAAAUGUACACAUUCCCAAUAUGAAUAAAUGUACACGUUCCCCCUCGUAAGCACACUCAUACUCAAACAUUGUGUGAUUGUUAAACCACAGAGUAAGCAAUGGAGUUUGACAUUUUGGACAGUUUGGAGCAACUCGGUUAUGACGGUCCCCUGAAGAAGGAGGCGGCGUUGCUCCAAGCCGCGCAAGGUGGCCUGACGUCGGCUGAGUAUGUGGACUUGUGCCGGUGGUUGGUGUCCCGUUUGAAGCCACUCUGUGACUUGGAGGAGACCAUCACUACGGGUCCAGAGGACUUGGACAGCCUGGAGGUGGACAUAAGGAGCUUGCUGAAGGAGCUUUGCUGCCCGUAUGAAAUGUCUGCGAUAGUGAAGGGAGACACUAAAGACCAUCUGAAGUUUGUCUUGUUUUUAAGCUCUGAGCUUCAGGCGGCGCAGAUUUCCAUCAGCAAACGAGGCGGCCUUCGGGGACAAAAGGCGAGCAAAGCGUCUCUGGAGCUGCGGCAAAUCUGCCAGAUCGUGAACGUUUCACUACGUGAGGGACAGGAUGCCGCCGAUGUGCUCUCUCUCAUCCAAAAGAAGGUGGAUACACUUGUUGGAAAUUUUCCGAACUGCAUAGUGGGAAAACCCGCAUUGAAGAAAGCUCUCAGCAGUGAACAGUGGGAGAAGCUCCACAGCAUGAACGCGCUCAUGUCGUCAGAGUACGAGUGCCGGCGCAGGAUGCUCAUCAAGCGGCUGGAUGUCACCAUUCAAUCGUUCGGCUGGUCCGACAGGGCCAAGGCGAGGGUAGACAGCAUGGCUCAGGCAUACCAGCCCAAGAGACACCCCCUGAGGGCCGAGGCCACGGUGGACGCCGCGGCCCUGCUGGCCGCCAGAGAGGACGUCUGCAAUGUGGUCAAGACGAGCAGCGGCGCCAGCAGGGAGAACACCGCCUGCGCCGUCAACAAGAUUCAAAUGGGAAGAGUGCCCGACAGAGGCGGACGCCCCUCAGAAAUAGAAGCCCCGCUCCCUGAGAUGCCCCCUUGGCAGAAAAGGCAAGAUGGAGGAGGGGGAUGGCGAGGUGGAGGAGGUAGAGGAGGUGGAUGGCGGGGCGGAGGAGGUGGAGGAGGGGGAGGAGGAGGAGGAGGAGGUUGGCGUGGUGGGAGACACAACCACGGUGGGCACGGUGGAAAGCGCGGACGGUACCAGUAUUGAUUUGAUUUGAUUUUAAUUCUUUCUCACGACUCGACAAAACGUUGCAAUAAAUUGAACCAAAAAAAGCUCAGUCUGUCUAUGCAGCUGAACAGUCACGUCUUGUACAUCAACCUCAGUAAGUUUCCAUGUUUUGAUUGAAUAUCUUAUUCCUUUUCAAAACUUGAAAUAAAAGGACACUACCCCUCAAAUAGUGGGCACGGCAUAAUGCCAAGACGCCUUGCUCACCAAGCACAGCGUCCACUUGAGGUCCACCGCACACCGAGCGGUGAACAAAUUAGUCUGUGGCCCCCCACUCUGACACCAGGCAGGCCAAAUGACCCUGGCACAGAUUCUGAUUUGGAUCCGAUUCUAAUACUGUAUCACCAACUCACACAACGGGAAAACUGUGACCCCUAGUGUUCAUAUUGAGAAAUGUUUUAUGGCGCAUCAUAUUUUAUUGAACCGCAAAUUCCGCGGCUCGACUGUUAAAGAGAAAGUGGAUUGCUCCGGCAACUGUUGCGAACGUAUAUUAUAAUACAAAGGGAAUGGUUAUGAAUUAAUGAAUUGAAUGUGGGUAUGAUGAUUGACAGCGCUUAUUCUCUCCAGUAGCCCCCAUUAAAUUAUCAGAUGGCUUUGCGGUCGACUUGUUCAACUUGGUAACUCCCCCCGCCACCCCCCCCCCCCCGCCGCCCCAGCCCUAAUAUGAAAUUACAAAUAGUUUUUAUGCGAGCAUUUUUUUUUCAUGUAUAAGCAUGUGAAAUAACUUGCCAUUUUUGAUUGGCAACUAUGUGUGAUGCUCAUCCGUGAUUCAAAUUUUACAGCAGUAUUAUUUGAUUUUAUGUGGAGACAAGUUCUUUAAUGAUGAUUAGCGGUGUGGUAGACUAUGUUAUGCUCACUCCACAUUGUUGCGUAUGCUCGUGUUUACAUCAUUUUCUGGGGGAGUUUUGUUUUGUUAAGCGUGUUUUCUAGAUCAGGAGUUACCAACAUAGUGCCCACAGGUACCAGGUAGCCCCCCCAAGGACCACAAGUUAACCUGUUCUAAAAAUAAAUAACUGACCGGGGAUUGGACGUUGUGAUUUCCUCGGAAUGUUGUCGAAGUAUUCAUUUGACAUUUUAAACAUUGGUAGAUGUGUAGAAAAAGUGUUUCAUGUGGUAUUUAUGUUUUCUAAUUAUUGUGAGAAAGCAUGUACAUGAUCAGUGUCUUCACAUAAAUGAAUAUCAUACUC